CUUCCAGCUAUUACCUGCAUCUUGAGAGAUAAGAGUGCUAGCUUAAACUUAAGGUGAUCAGCUCUCAAUCUCAGUCAUGGCCGACAGAAUGGAGUCUUCAGAAACCCUCAGGCACAAGUGUGCAGCAUGCUUUAAACAAUUUAACAGAAUGGAACACCUUGUGGAGCACAUGAGAACUUCAUUUCACUCGGUUCAUGAACCCAUGUGUGCAAUUUGUAAGAAACAUUGCAGAUCUUUUGAAUCUCUGCGGGAACAUCUUACAGGGCCAUUGCCUAAACUGGAGUGCAACAAUAUAUUUAACGUCCGAGGAUGUAGAUUCUGCUUAGCCAUCCUUGAGAGCCCACAUGCUCGUAGGAUUCACCAAGAAGGAUGCCAACUCUCUAAUGCACUUACCACUCGCUUAGCAAAUUUAGGAACUGUGGAUAACACUUACUCAAGAAAUCCACAUAUAGUUGCGCUAGCUUGCAAAAUGGUUGGUGGGGGCACUGAUGGUUCUCUAGAUUAUUGUGGAAGGCUUUGCAUCAUUGAUGAACGUGAAAACAUUAUCUUCCAUGCUUAUGUUAAACCACCAGUUCAAGUCACAAACUAUAGGUAUGAAACAACAGGCAUUCGCCCAGAACAGCUGAGGGACGCAAUCCCACUAAGGCAAGUGCAGAGGAAGAUUCAAGAUUUCCUUUGCAAUGGUGAACCGACGUGGAGGAUUCGAGCAAGAGGUGGGAAUGCCAGGAUUCUUGUGGGUCAUGGUUUGGACCAUGAUCUUGAUCGUUUGCAAGUUGAAUAUCCACCAACCAUGAUCAGGGAUACAGCCAAAUAUCCUCCAUUGAUGAAAACUAGCAAGCUCAGCAACUCACUCAAAUACUUAACCCAAGCAUAUCUAGGAUACGAUAUUCAAACUGGUGUGCAAGAUCCAUACGAGGAUUGCGUUGCAACAAUGAGAUUGUACAUGAGAAUGAGAUCCCAAGUGCAUAAGAGCGAGGAGUAUCCACUUGCUUCCGACCCACAAAACCGAAACAUUUUUGCAACAGCGCCAUGGAGGCAGAACGAGCUCGAGAGGAUGAGCCCAGAAGAACUGCUGGCAAUCUCCAGAUCAGAUUACUAUUGUUGGUGCUUGGACUCAUCUGCUUAAACAAUGAAGGGCAUAAAAUAACAUCCCAUAGAAGGGGGUGAAGGCUUUUAAAGUAUUAUUCAUAUUAAUUACUAGAAAUUAAUUAAAAUAAAUAAGAUGGAAGCAUGGGAUAAUAAAUUCCGCCAUAAACUGAAAUCUUAUAUUAUGAUAAUGAAAGCAUGAAGUUGUAUUUUGUAUAAUUAUGCAUUGCCGAAUAAAAGAUUGAGUUGAUUGGG